CUGCGUCAGGCUGAGCGCAGUCCGCGCGCGGCCGCGGGAGCGCUGUGCCAGCGCCGCCCGGCCCUGCCGAGAGGGGCGCACUCGCCGCUGCGGGGCUCGCACCGCUCGCCGCAAGCCCCCUCCCGACGACCCGCAAGUCUGUUCAAAUCCUGAGCAAGUAAGUGGGCUGUGCCUGUUCCGACAGCAGAGCAGAAGCCUGCAGUGGUCCUGUCAAGAGGCUCUACGGUUCAAUAUUGUGACAUCGAGAGACAACUCCCUCACCGGUUGCAGCAAUGUCUGUAUCUAAUCUAUCAUGGUUGAAGAAAAAGUCCCAGUCCGUGGAUAUUACUGCACCGGGGUUCAGCCCUUUGGGAGGUGCAGGAAAGCAAGCACCACAAGCCAGCAAGGCUCCUGCACCCAAGACUCCCAUCAUUGAAGAAGAGCAGAACAACUCGGCAAACACCCAGAAGCACCCGUCCAGGAAGACUGAGCUGAAGCGAUUCUACACCAUUGACACUGGCCAAAAGAAGAACCUAGACAAGAAAGAUGGGCGAAGGAUGUCUUUCCAGAAGCCUAAAGGAACUAUUGAGUAUACUGUUGAAUCAAGGGAUUCUUUGAAUAGCAUAGCCCUGAAAUUUGAUACCACACCGAAUGAGCUUGUUCAGUUAAAUAAGUUAUUCUCCCGAGCUGUCGUGACUGGGCAGGUUUUAUAUGUUCCUGAUCCUGAGUAUGUCUCCAGUGUUGAGAGCUCUCCAUCUCUGAGCCCAGUAAGUCCUCUGUCGCCGACGUCCUCCGAGGCUGAGUUUGAUAAAACCACUACUCCUGAUGCUGUCCAUCCAAAAGAAGCACCUCCCUCAUCUACUGCUAGCAGUAUUAGGCCUGCAAGAGUUGUGUCUUCAACUUCUGAGGAAGAAGAAGCGUUUACUGAGAAAUUUCUCAAAAUUAAUUGCAAAUAUAUCACUAAUGGCAAGGGCACCGUCAGUGGCGUGCUGCUAGUCACACCAAAUAAUAUAAUGUUCGAUCCACAUAAAACAGACCCCUUGGUUCAAGAGAAUGGCUGUGAGGAGUACGGCAUCAUGUGUCCAAUGGAAGAGGUGAUGUCAGCUGCCAUGUACAAAGAAAUUUUGGAUAGCAAAAUAAAGGAAUCCUUGCCCACAGAACUAGAUCAGUUGUCAGGAAGGGACUUCUGCCAUUCCAAGAAAAUGACAGGCAUCGCUGCUGAGGAAACGGACUCGCGAGCCCGCGAUCCCGGUAAUGACAGCGCCAGCACAGCUCCCAGGAGCACCGAGGAGUCUCUCUCCGAGGACGUCUUCACCGAGUCAGAACUCUCACCCAUCCGGGAGGAGUUCCUCUCCGAGCCGCGGCAAGAUAAGUCAUCCGACGCAUCCUCAGAGUCUGUGCAAACCGUCAGUCAGAUUGAAGUCGAGUCAUUGGCAGUCAAGUCAGAGUCUCCUAACAUUCCUGACCAUGUUGACUCCAAUACUGAACAUUCUUCAAACCAAGAGGCUUUAUCUCAUGAAACUAAUUUAAGUAGUCUUGAACUCGCCACUAAGGAAGGAGAUAAGACUACAGAAAAACUUGAAGAAGUCUCAGGCCCCAAAGAGCAAAGCACAGAUGUAAAAAGUCAUGAUGACCGGGAUUCUUCUUUCCGUCAUGAAAAUUCACUACAGAAAGAGGGAGGAGAAGGGAGUGUACCUUCUGGAGAAACAGUGGAACUUAAGGAAAAGCAAACUGUUCAGAAGGAUAGACAGGGGAAAGAGCAAAAGAGGGACUCAGAGACUGAAGUAGAGGAGCUGCGUAAACUCUGGAAAAGCCACUCGAUGCAGCGAGCCAAGCAGCAAAGAGACAGCAUCCAGCAGGCAUCCCAGAAAGAAGGGAAACAUCAAAGUGCACCCGUGGACGGACGUGUGGACGGGUCUUCACUUCUAAAGGAUAAGAGAAGGCAUCGAUUACACAAAUUCUUGUGUCUCCGAGUUGGAAAACCGAUGAGGAAAACCUUUGUGUCUCAAGCCAGUGCUACGAUGCAGCAGUAUGCACAGAGAGACAAGAAACACGAGUAUUGGUUUGCAGUGCCACAGGAAAGGACAGAGCACUUGUAUGCCUUCUUCAUUCAGUGGAGUCCGGAAAUCUAUGCAGAAGAUACUGGUGAAUAUACCAGAGAGCCUGGGUUCAUAGUCGUCAAGAAGAUUGAAGAGUCUGAAGCAAACGAAGAUCCUGCUGCUGACGCAGCAGCCAGAGAAUGGGAGGUAGUGUCAGUGGCCGAGUACCACCGCAGGAUCGAUGCGCUAAACACUGAGGAGCUGCGCACACUCUGCAGACGUCUCCAGAUUACUACAAAGGAAGACAUAAACUCAAAGCAGUCUACCCCAGCAAAAGCAGACCUGGAGUCUGAAUCUUUCCGACCAAACCUAAGUGACCCCAGUGAACUCUUACUGCCUGAUCAGAUUGAAAAGCUUACUAAGCAUCUUCCACCAAGAACCAUUGGCUAUCCAUGGACGCUCGUGUAUGGUACUGGGAAGCAUGGCACAAGUUUGAAGACCCUUUAUAGAACAAUGGCAGGCUUAGACACUCCAGUGCUGAUGGUGAUUAAAGACAGUGAUGGACAGGUCUUUGGUGCACUAGCAUCUGAGCCAUUUAAAGUAAGCGAUGGCUUCUAUGGCACUGGAGAAACCUUUGUUUUUACCUUCUGUCCAGAAUUUGAGGUCUUUAAGUGGACAGGAGAUAAUAUGUUUUUUAUCAAGGGAGACAUGGAUUCGUUAGCAUUUGGUGGUGGAGGCGGAGAAUUUGCCCUUUGGCUUGAUGGAGAUCUCUACCAUGGAAGAAGCCAUUCCUGUAAAACGUUUGGGAAUCAUACGCUUUCGAAGAAGGAAGAUUUCUUUAUCCAAGACAUUGAAAUCUGGGCUUUUGAAUAAAUGCAGUGCUCUCCGUCUUAGCAGGACAUCAGCCCAAACCUGAACUGACAAAGCAUUGUUUGGAAUGUUCAAGAAGCAAUACAAUUAACAUGUCACUGUGCUUUCAAGUCAGUCAUUUGCCAUUUACUGCAGCUAUAAUUUUGGAGUUUAUUUUUCGAAUCAUGUUUCUGUCCCAGAGCUCUUCUGUUCGCACCAUGGCCUGGGUUCCCGUAGUAUGACAGCUGGGUGGAAUUUGGUCAGCAUAUUGCAGCGUUUUGAUCAUGGAGGCCACCACAUUUCCAGUUCCUGUGCUCUCAGUCUCCCAAUUGAAUGGUGCUCUGUUGCUCAGCUUUUUUUUAAAUCUGUAGUGUUUCUUGUUAUAGAGCAGUGCACUUGGGGCAGUGAGGAAAUGGGUCAAGGUGCUGUGUAUCUGGUGAGCUGACGAAAGUGUCGUUGGGACCGCUUAUCCUCUUCUUCUGAGUGAGAAACCACAUGCCAAAAUAACGUCUGCUUCAUAGCCCUCUAGUUCUGACUGACUGCAGCGUUCUCUUUACUCUGUGUAACCAUUCUCAAUUUCAUUUGAAGACAAUGAAAUUUGAAGAGAAGUCUGAUUGGCAUGGACUACAGCACACAUGAUAUGCAGGUUUGGGCUCAUGUUGUCAUCACUGAGUUAUCAGAUAAAGAGUUACAAAUUGACAGAGGAGAAAUUGAUGAUUCUAUUGGAUUUAAUAUAUUAAGCAAGUAAUACUAUUUACAUAUUUGUAGCUUAAUAGGGCAUUAACAUAAGUACAAAAUCUAAAACCUGCAUAUUUCUUCAACAUUGUGUCCGAUACACUGUUUCACAGUUCUCUUGUUUUAGCCUUGUUGCAUACCAGCUCCCCAAAUACAUUUUUGUUUUGUUUUCUUUUUUAUCCUCAAAGGAAAAAAAUGUUUUGAAAUAAAAACUUGUUUUUUUAAAAGUGGUAUAUGUUAUUAGUUACCAUUAGCACCUGCUCUUAUACAAGGGCGGUGACUGUAGUAGACAAUACUGUAACUCAGUAGACGUGAUGAAUGUGCAAGCUUAUGUCAAGUGGCCUCAAAAAACGAAAAGAUAGAAUAAACUAGCAGCUGUAUCUUCUCUCAUAGGAAACCAACAAUAAGCCAUCGUGGCAACAUCCGUCAGUUUAAUUCCAGAGCUUCAUGUUAUGCAAAGAAUAAAUCCUGCUGUUAUACAUGUGGCAGUGACUGUGUGCUGAAAACUCAGCUGUCCCACACCAACGUUGUAUAUCUUGUAAAUUGAUGUUUAAAGAUAGUUUUGUUCUUAUAGAAAGUGUUGACUGCCAGGUUGCUUAUAGCACUUUAAAUUAUUCUGAAAAUGAAAUUAUGAGCCAAGUAUAUUGGCUUAAGUAGUUUUAGUUAUAUAACUUAAAAAAAUAUACCUAGUUCUUUUGGGAAAAGUCUAGAUAAUUAUCUAAAGAAAGCAUAAUGUUAAUUAAAAUCUCUGGUGUUCUAUGACAUGCUGUUUCUGAAGAUUAUGAAUAGAAACACAGGACAUCAUUUCCUCGUCUGUGUAUAGCUCUCAUUACAUAAUAGGUAAUAGUAUCUAGGGUAAAUGUUUAUAAUAUAGGGAACUGUAAAUAAAUGUAUCCUUUUCCCUUUGGUCUUCCACAGCAGUAUUAUUGUCUUUGUGGAGGUGACUAAUCAUAAAUCUUUAAAACAUCCUGUAAUGGAUUUCAAUUACAACAACGUCAUAGAGAUGUAUACUAAAUAAAAUUAAAUGCAUAAAUGCAAA